UCUCUCUCUCUGUUUAAAUUUUGUCGCUUUUUUUUUUUUCGUUGUUGUUGUCACCUGUUAAGUUUGAUUGGUUGGCUGUUUGUUUGUUUGUUGCCUUUGCCAUUUAGCAGAACUUAACUUGAACUUUGAAUUGGUUAAUUCAAUCACUUCAUCCCAUCCCAUAAUCACCCAUCAAUCAAAUCAGUUCAACUAUAGUAUAUGUAUGGAUUGAGAUCAUAUCUAAUUUCACAUAAUGAAUAUCUCUUCCAUGCUAUCUAAUGAUAGUAAUAAUUCAACUCCAACUCCAUCCCUACCACCCCAAUUAGAUACCAUAUCUGAAUCAACCACAUCAUCAGCCACUACUACUAAUCAAUCAGAUCUAUCUCAUAAUGGUCAUGAUCUUAAUGGUGCAACCACAUCUAUAGAAUUACCAUCCUCUUCAAAUGAUUCAAAAUCAUCAUCAUCAUCAAAGCAUACCAAUAAUAAUAAUAACAAUAUUACAGCCAACUCAUUACAAUUUGAAUCAAGUCAAUUCAAUGACCCAGCUAUUGAUUCAAUCAUUUCAAAAUCAAUCUUAUCCGAUCAUGAUUCUGAUCUUGGCCAUCUAAGUCAAAUUGAUGUUGAUUAUAAAACUAUUUUUCAACAAAAUAUAAAUCAUAUUAAUCAAUUAGAUGAAUCAGUUAAUCUAUCUCAUGAUUUAAAAUUAUUAAAAUUUAAUCAAUUAAAAUUAAAUAAAUUAAUCUUAAAAUCUUCUGAAUUUUCAUUUAAUUAUCUUAAUCGAGUUAUUGCUGAAGAUAUAAGUUCAAGAAAUAAUAAAAUUAGUGAUACUAAUAAAAAUAAAGAUUUAAUUCCAUUGGAUUAUUCAAAACCUUUACAUCAUAAUACAACUAGAGGGAAAGAAUUCAAAUGGGGGUCAACUAGAGAAAUCAAUAAAGUUGAUGCCAAGGGGAAAAGAAAACGUCCCUCUUCUUCUUCAACUACAACUCCUUCUGCUGUGGCUGCCAGAAGUUCAGCUUCUCCAGGUGCAAGUCCAACUAAUACUUCUUCAGGUGGUUCUGGUCCAAGAUUAAUCAGACCUAAACGAAAAAUUGAAGAUCUUUCAUCUAUAUCUUCUGGUGAUUCUACCGUUGCUCAUCCUAAACGACAAAGAAGAAAACCAGCAUUAUAUGGGGAUGAAAAUUCUAAAAAUGAUGAAAAUAGUACUGGUAGUACUACAUCAAAUGGUAAAGUUAAACUUAAAUUGAAUUUAAAAAGAGCAAGUGGAUCAGCAUCUAGUACUGGUACUAAUGCAAAUUCAAAAUUGAAAGAUGAUUCAUCAAAGGCCAAUACUGCUCCUGUUGCUGCUCCUGCGGCAUCAUCAUCUAAUUCUAAAGAAUUAAAAGUCAUUGUUAAACAAUAUGAUAAUACUUAUGUUGCUAUUUGGAAAGAUUUAUCUAGAAAAGAUGGUCCAAAAGUAAGUCGAUUAAUGCAACAAUCUACUCAAGCAAAAUUAAUUAAUCAUAAAAAGACAGCUAUUUUAGCUGCUAGAGAAGCUAAAAGAUGGCAAUUAAAAAAUAAUAAAGGUCAAAAGGAUUUAACCACAAAGGCAAGAAGAGCUAUGAGAGAAAUGUUUAAUUUCUGGAAACGUAAUGAAAGAAUUGAAAGAGAAUUAAAGAAAAAACAUGAAAAGGAAUUAUUAGAUAAAGCUAAAAAGGAAGAAGAAGAAAGAGAAGCUAAACGUCAAUCUCGAAAAUUAAAUUUCCUUAUUACUCAAACUGAAUUAUAUUCUCAUUUUAUUGGUAAAAAAAUUAAAACUGAUGAAAUUGAAGGUUCAGAUUCUGAUCCAAAUAUAAGUUCUUUAUCUAAUAAGAAUAAUAAUCUGAAUUCUCAUUAUGAUAAAUAUACUGAUAUAAAUCAUUCUGAUCAUAGAGUUGAUGAUAUUAAUACUAUUGAUUUCGAUAAUGCUGAUGAAGAAGAUUUAACUAAAGCAGCAGCAGCAAAUGCUCAAAAUGCCAUGUUAGCAGCUCAAUCUAAAGCUAAACAAUUUGAUCAAAAUCAUAGCAAUGAAGAAGAUGAUGAAAAUGAUCCAUUAAAAAAUCCAGAUACAAAUGGUGAAGAAAUGAAUUUCCAAAAUCCAACUUUAUUAGGAGAUAUCACAAUCCCGCAACCAAAUUUAUUAAAAUGUACAUUAAAGGAAUAUCAAUUAAAGGGUUUAAAUUGGUUAGCUAAUCUUUAUGAACAAGGUAUUAAUGGUAUUUUAGCGGAUGAAAUGGGAUUAGGUAAAACUGUUCAAUCUAUUUCGGUAUUAUCUUAUUUAGCUGAAACUCAUAAUAUUUGGGGUCCAUUUUUAGUAGUAACUCCUGCAUCAACCUUACAUAAUUGGCAACAAGAAAUAAGUCGAUUUGUACCUGAUUUUAAAGUUUUACCCUAUUGGGGGAAUGCCAAAGAUCGUAAAAUUUUAAGAAAAUUUUGGGAUCGUAAAUCAUUUAGAUAUGGUAGAGAUGCUCCAUUUCAUGUAUUGGUUACUUCUUAUCAAUUAGUGGUGGUUGAUGCUCCAUAUUUUCAAAAGAUGAAAUGGCAAUAUAUGAUUCUUGAUGAAGCUCAAGCUAUUAAAUCAUCACAAUCUUCUCGUUGGAAAUCAUUAUUAUCAUUCAGUUGUCGUAAUAGAUUAUUAUUAACUGGUACACCUAUUCAAAAUUCAAUGCAAGAAUUAUGGGCUUUAUUACAUUUUAUUAUGCCAUCAUUAUUUGAUUCUCAUGAUGAAUUUAGUGAUUGGUUUUCUAAGGAUAUUGAAAGUCAUGCUGCGGCAAAUACUGGGUUAGAUGAACAACAAUUAAGAAGAUUACAUGUUAUUUUAAAACCAUUUAUGUUAAGAAGAAUUAAAAAGAAUGUUCAAAGUGAAUUAGGAGAUAAAGUUGAAAUUGAUCUUUUCUGUGAUUUAACUAAUCGUCAAAAGAAAUAUUAUCAAAUGUUAAGAUCUCAAAUUUCUAUUGCCGAUUUAUUAGAAACUUCAUCAACUGCCACUGGUGAAGAUGCAACUUCAUUAAUUAAUUUAGUCAUGCAAUUUAGAAAAGUUUGUAAUCAUCCUGAUUUAUUUGAAAGAGCGGAUGUUAAAUCUCCAUUUGCAUUUGGGAAAUUUGCUGAAACUGGUUCAUUUUUAAGAGAAACUAAUGAUUUAGAAAUGAAUUAUUCAACUCAGAAUCUUAUUGAAUAUAAUUUACCUAAAUUAAUUUAUGAUGAAUUAUUAAUACCAAGUUUUGAGAAUGAUGUUAAGACUAAACAAUCAACCAUUUUAAAUAAAUUUAAUAUUUUUAAUCCUGAAAAUAUUUUAUCAUCAUCGAAUGAAGAAGAUGGUAGUUUUAAUUGGUUAAAAUUCGUUGAUGUUUCAAGUCAAGAAGUUUCAAAUUUAUCCAAACAAAAUAUCUUGGAAAGAGCUGUGGGUUUAAAACAAUAUACUGAUAAGAAUUAUGAAAAGAUUAAUCGAUUCAAAUAUCUAUAUGAUGAUGAAGAUGAUAAUUCUUUCCUUCCUAUUAAUAAAUCAUUAUUAAUCGCCGAAUAUAAUAAUGACCAUGCAUUAAUUAACAACUCAAUUCAUAUUAAACAAUUAUAUUCCAUUAAAACUAAAGUAUAUCAAGAUAUGUAUAUUAAUGCAAUGAAACCUGCUGCUGAACCAAUUGCUUCUGCACCACCAAUCACCUUCAAUUGUUCUCAUAGAUCAUUUUCACAUAAAUUAGAAGAUGCAUUAUUUAAUUCAUCCAUAAAAUCAAGUCUUUUACCUUUAUCAUUAAAUGUUGAAUAUGAUUUAUUAACUAAAAAUAUUGCGGUGGAAAAUUUCCCAAAGAAGGAAUUAUUACCAACUCCAAUUAAUAAUUUAAUUGAUUAUUCCAAUAUUAGAAUGCCAUCAAUGUUACGUUUCAUUACUGAAUCAGGUAAAUUAGCUAAAUUAGAUGAAUUAUUAGUAGAAUUAAAAAAGAAUGAUCAUCGUGUGCUUAUUUAUUUCCAAAUGACAAGAAUGAUGGAUUUAAUGGAAGAAUAUUUGACUUAUAGACAACAUACUUAUAUUCGAUUAGAUGGUUCAUCGAAAUUAGAUGAUCGUCGUGAUUUAGUUCAUGAUUGGCAAACUAAACCGGAAAUAUUUAUUUUCCUUUUAAGUACUCGUGCUGGUGGGUUAGGUAUUAAUUUAACUGCGGCUGAUACUGUUAUAUUUUAUGAUUCAGAUUGGAAUCCAACCAUUGAUUCUCAAGCUAUGGAUCGUGCUCAUAGAUUAGGUCAAACUCGUCAAGUUACCGUAUAUAGAUUAUUAACUCGUGGUACUAUUGAAGAAAGAAUGAGAGAUCGUGCUAAACAAAAGGAACAAGUUCAACAAGUGGUUAUGGAAGGUAAAGCUACUACCAUGAUAAAUAAAAAGGAUGAAGCUGCUAAUAAAAAGAAAGAUGUGGCAUUUUUAUUAUUAGGUGAAGAAGGUACAAAUGAUGAAAGUAGUACUGAAAAAUCAACUGGUACAACUCCAACUCCCGAUGGAAAUGGUUUUAUUGCUCCACCCAAGAAAAAGAAAAGAAAAUUAAGUGCUGAUGAUGCAUUAAGUAGUAAAAGACUUGAAGAAUUAUAUCAUGAAGGUGAAGGGUCAUUCUCCGGGAAUGCAACACCUGCUCCUUAAAGUCAAUUAAUAGAUAGAUAGAUACGUAAGUAGGUAAGAACAUUCAUACAUACAGACGGCACUGACAAUAAAUUAUAAUUUAUGUAUAUUAUUAUUAAAAUAUAAUUAAUACAAAACGUAAGUAAGUGUAGUUAUAUUAUCUAAAUGGGAUCUAAGUGGGUAUCUAAGAAUUAAGAAAAAAAGUGUAUUAGUAGAAUGAAAGGUAAAAAUAAAUAAAUAAAUAAAUAAGUAA